UCCUCUGUGAACCCAUCAUUCACCUCUUGCAUUCCACCCUGUCUAGCUAAUUCUUCAAAUAUAUUUCCCCAGAUACCAAGAUGUGCAAGAGUUGGCUUCAGGAAAAGCAGUUGAGUAGUUCCACAAACAUGAUGGCUGCUGAAAUUGUUGUCUUCUGUCUCUUCUCUUCAAUCUUCUCAACAGUGGCAUCUCUGAAGUGCCAAACAUGUCUUGUCUUUGGAAAAGAAUGUACAGAAGAGGAUGUGAAGAUGGUGGAGUGCAAAAAUGAAGAAAAAAUGUGCUCUUCUAUGAUUACAAAUAAUACUUUAACCAAUAUUUCCAUCAGUUUAAUGAUCAAGAGAUGCUCAAAGCCUGAGGAAUGUUAUGAAGGCUUCUACAGCUCAACAACAGUAGAUGGCAGACAUGAACUGAGCAAUGGUCACUGUUGCCAGACUGAUGGCUGUAAUGCAGACUCUCUUCACUUGCCAAAUUAUGAUGAGUUUCAACCAAAUGGGUUACAGUGCCUAGGCUGCUACGCGCAAGAUGCGGAUUCUUGUGAAGGCCAUCAGUCUGUGAUCUGCCUCGACAAACAGGAUCAGUGUGUCAACACGGCUUUUAGUGUCCAGGCAUUUGGAAAUCACACCGACAAGUACAGUUACCAAGGAUGUACAACAAAGAAUGCAUGUUCCUACCCUAUAGGAAUGUCUGAGCUAGCCGGUGGGCUAUUUCAUUUCAAUGUCACCACACUGGAAUGCAGAAAUGCAUCUUCUCAUGAUCCUGAUCUUAUAUUAGUUAGGAAAGAAGAACCUUCUCCAUAUUUACUGGAAGAUUUGUCAAAAUGAGGAGAUUGGAGAUUUAAUGGUAAGAUAAGUGAAGGUUGCGAUUAAAGAUUUUUAAUUUUUGUUUAAAAAAUUUGAUUUUUGAAUUUCUUCUCUGAGGUUGGUGGUGGAUAACUGGGUAAUUGGGGGAAAGAGUAAAUAUUAUGCUCUGAGACUGUAGCUCAAGAAAAUGUUGUAUGUUUUCAAUCUUUAAAGAUCACAGAAUUGUGGUGAAAAUAAAUUGAUAUGGCAAAGGAA